AUGUGGAAAAAACUCAUGAAGCUGGUGCACAAUUUUCUGACGGGGAACAACGCAUCGGCGGAAAAGGGAUUCGUUUUGUGGAACUGGGGUCUCCUCACCACGCCAAAGGCGGACGGAGGGUUGGGCGUGCUGGACCCAGAGAUACUGCUGGCCUGCCUUGCCGCGCGAAGGAUCGGUGGGCUGCUGCUGGAUGGAAAUGGGAAGAAGAAAGAGAUAAUGCUCACAGUGGCCGGUCUUCCUCUCGGGGAGGACACUUUUCUCGCACAUGAGAGGCUAAUGAAACACUGGCCAGGGGAUGGCGAGCGGUGGAGACGAGCGUGCGAAACAUUCAUGAAAUCGCCUAUUGCUGACACGGGGACUUCCCGCAGCAGAGCAGAGGUGGCGCACGAAAGAGUCGUUUUCAAUCGGAAGCUGCUGAUGAACGGCACGAACCCGGUCGGAGGGCAAAAGGAGGCAAAAGUCCUAUGGGAAACGCGGCUAGGGGAUCUAGUUGUUACCACGCGUGAUGGUGGUGCUGAGAUUAAGGGUAUUGACACACUAGAGAAGGAACUGCGCAGCAGGGACUCGGCUCGGCUGGCUCUCAAGGCCUUUGACGCAGCGCCGCAAAAGUGGAAAACCCUCUUAGUUCCAGGCAAGGGGAGGGAGGAAGAAGAAGGGGAGGUGCCCCCCCCUGCUGACGUGCCUACUGUGGGGGUACAUGCAGCUGCGACAAUCUUCCGCUCGGCAGUUUUUUCGGAUGGGCAGUUGGCCCCCUUGAAGCAGUUGAGAGAGACCUGGGCCAAGCCUGAAGCAGUCUUGGUGAAGCAGGCCAAGUGCGGCCCCGUCACCGCCCCUAUCGGCCCCGUCGCCGCCCCUAACGGCCCCGUCGCCGCCCCUAGCGGCCCCGUCGCCACCCUUUGCGGCCCCGUAGCCGCCCCUAGCGGCCCCGACGCCGCCCUUUGCGGCCUCGUCGCCGCCCUUCGCGGCCCCGACGCCGCCUCUAGCGGCCCCGUCGCCGCCCUUCGCGGCCCUGUCGCCGCCUCUAGCGGCCCCGUCGCCGCCCUUCGCGGCCCCGUCGCCGCCUCUAGCGGCCCCGUCGCCGCCCUUCACGGCCCCUUCAGCCGCCAAGCAGCCGAACCGCCGAGCUACCGAGCCGCCGAGCCGCCGAGCCGCCGAGCCGCCCAGCAGCCGAGCCGCCCAGCAGCCGAGCCGCCGAGCCACCGAGCCGAACCACCAAGCCGCCGAGCCGCCGAGGCCGCCGUCGAGCCGCCACUACCGAGCCGCUGCCGCCGAGCCGCCGUCGAGCUGCUACUGUUCCUACCAGCGCGCCCCGGCCUCACCCACCCGGACUGGGCAGACGGACUCUCCCUGUUUGAUCUCACCUCCGGUGCCUCUCCUGACCCGCCUGCUGAUGCUGACAGCACUAUUCACUCACAGUGGGCCACACGCGAUGCUGCUGCCCGUCUUGCUGUGCGUCGCCACUUACCGACCGCUGAGCGUGCGCACUUUAGUCAGUACAAGAGUGCUAAGACCUUGUACGACGCUGUAGUUGCACGCUACUCUUCCCCUGUCACUGCUGCUCUUAGCCGCCUCAUGCUGCCGUACCUGUUCCCUUGA